AGUUGCAGAGUGCUGGUGACUCCCCUCGCACUGGUUGAAAGUUUGGUCAUGUCAGGGACUCGAACCCCAAACAGUUGGAUUUUUAGUCUAGGAACCUUACCGCCGAGUAAUCGUUGCUUCUUGGACAAAUAAGGAUUCAUCAUCGCUUACAGGCAAAACCGACAAUUUUUCUCGUGACCGAAAUUUGUAAAAUUAACAAAACCAGAAAAUUAGCGACUUUCAGUUGAUGACCUUUUAAAAUCAAUGGAAUAGGAUUGUAUAUUAGAAGAUCAGCGGAUACAAUAUUUGGUGGAAGCAAUCGUUAUCUGUGUUUAGAUUAUUUGGUUAAUCAAUUUCAGAAUUUAAACGUAAAUUAUUGUCUUUAAUAAGACAUACAAAAAACCGGCCUUUGUAAAUUCUACAGUAACGGUAACAAGAUACUUAACCCAACUUUGAUUUUGAUUCAGUCUUUUGAACGCACGCCGUUUUAAACGCACACCGAUUGCCUGAGCCCCUUGUGUGUUUGUGGUGCAGGUGAUGAAGACAGCGAGCACUUUUUUCUGCACUGCCAUUUGUUCCAAGCAAUGCGGAACAAGCUCUUUGGUUAGCUUUCUGAUGUCCAUGGACUCAAAAUUUCAAACCUCUCCGCAACGGAAGUUUGUGAAGUAAUAUUUUGUGGAAGUUCCGAAUUAAUUGUUCUUGCCAAUAGACUCCUUAUGGAGGCCACACUUCAAUUCAUCAAAAACACUAAGAGAUUCUUUCAAUUGAAAAACACAACAGCAGCAACCCCUUUCUUUAUUUUUUUCCUUUCUAGAUCUACCUCUGAAACAUGUGAAUUAAUUAAAAAAUUUGUGUGUAAGUUUUUCUAGAGGUACUAUACUUUUCCUGAUUAAGUUUCUUUUUCUUCUUCUUCCUUUUUUGCGUUUAUAUUUAAAUGUAAUUGAAAAUUGUAAAUGUCACUCAUAAUAGAAAUUAGAUGACCUUUUGUCCUUCACUAUUGUUUGUGGCAUGUAUUUGAGUAGCUUUGGUUGUACUUUGAAAUUUUAAAUGAUUAAAGAAAGAUUAUUUGGUCAAAUAUUCGCGUUUAAUUAGGCUUUAUGAUUAGAUUUAGGUUAAUAUUUGUUUAUGUGUCAAGUUUCAAACAUUUUCAUCCGUGUCCUCCAACAUUCUACGCUGGGUACCAGAACCAAAAAAUUUCGAGUGCGGAAAUUGAAAUCCAAGCGGAGAGGUGGGGGAGCUUAGGAGGUCCUAUUCUCCACUCCUAUUAUCUAUUUCCGCGCUCGAAUUUUUGUGCUUGUGGUACCUAGGGUAGUAAAAUUCGCACUACCGAUGACUAGUUCAGCCUAAUUUUUAAUGACUAUUUUUCAAACAGUCAACAAAGUUUAUUCGAGGAUAAUGCAACGUAACAAAAUUUUUUGAAAAUUAGAAGAACCAAACUGCCAUUUUAUAUUUAUGCUUUUGUGUAAAAAGAGAUCUUUUAUGACACUCAAUUUUUGGAGAAUUGGGUUACCAAUGAAAAAUUGCAGGGCUACUUUGGGGGCCAGUGGGUCAUUUUUGCAGUCUGUACUGCUUGUGCCAGAUAGGAAGGCCCGAUGACAAGCUGUGCAAUUUUAAAAUCGCUGCAGCGUGCACAAAAUACAUAAAUGUUGCAUUUCUCUUUGCGUUCAAAACAAAUCGAUGAAAAGCAAGACAUGUGAAAGCAGGAAAAUUGUUUUUCGAAGAAUCAGAUUUUGGUUUCAAAAAAUUAAUUUCUUUAUCGGCGUGGAAACAAAUAAUGAGAGACGAUGUCUCCAUUUUCCAAUGUUCCAAUGUAUGAUAUAUUAUAAAACAUGUUUUCCUAGUUAUUUUUUCAAUCUCUUUCCCCACAUCCGCUAUUCAUCUACAUUCAGAUCAAGACAGUCAAUGCCAGAGCAUGUAGUCACUGUUGCCAAUUUUAGCUUCCGUUGCACAGGAGCGGAGAUGCUUCCUUUGUCUUAGACAUGUAACCAUCGUACGAUAACCUGUUGUAGUCAAUGGACCAUUUACUGGCGUCUAGACUUUUUUCAUGUACAUCAGAACUAUUCCUAAAAUACACUACUACCAAAUGGUAGCUGAGUUAUCUACCCAGGGUGACUUUACCACCCUUAUUUGAUAGAUAUACCCCAUGAGUAGAUUUUCGUUGAUUGAGGCCUUGAAAAUUUGAAUCUAUCGUGCAUCGUAAGCUGCAGGUGACGGGGAUUUUCCGCAAUGCUUAGAAAACUUUAGUUUGUCGUAAAGGAAUGCGAUAAGACCAUAUACGCGUGCCUCCAGUUUCAAUUACCUUGAGGCUAACAUUCCGUAAAAUGAUAAUCAAAGCAAGGUUGGCAAAACUGUCUAACAAGGAUAAUUACUGUUUCCAGUUAUCAACAAUAGGUAUUGUAAUGUAGAAUAGGAAAGCGCAGCUCCGUUAAUCUUAUUAGCAGCAUACCUAAUCAAGCGAAUGACCUCUGCAAUGGUUCAAUCGCGCCACCGGUACUCAAUGAGCCGUUCACAAUAAGCUUUCACAGUUACCUACAGUUUGUUCGUUUUUUGCUCGCGAGUUUGUUUUUACAAAUUUUCCUGUCCACAAAAUUGUUAAAACUGGAUCUCCUAAAAAACCGUUGCUCUUCAUGAAGAGCAAUGAUUAAUUCAAAAUCAGUGUUGUUCCUAACUGUGAUCCUUGCAGGACUCCUUCAAUCACACCACUGCGAUGACGCCGUGCAACAAGUAGAGAAAACAGGCAACGAGGGUGAUGAGUACAAGGUAGUAACAUUCACAGGUGCAGAAAAAGAUUCUGGAACAAAGUCAAAAGUUUAUGUUGUGCUAUAUGGGGAUGAUGGAAAAACGGAGGAAAAGGAACUCCAAAUUGAUAGCUCCAAUAAAGAUGCUUUUGCUGCUGGAAAAACUGAUAUAUUUCGACUACUAGUUGGAGAAAAAAUAGGAAAAAUUAACAAGAUACAAGUUAGGACAGAUGGCACUGGAGAAGAUCCUAGCUGGCUUUUAAAAGAGGUUGAUGUUAUCGACCCAAAAAAUACCACGUUUAAGUUUCCCUAUGGGAAUUGGAUCGGGAUCGAUACAGCAAAUACCAAUGCGCCAGUUGUGUUGAGAGCAGCGGCAGAUAAAGGUCUUGCAAGAUCUCAAAGCAGGCGAUCAGUAGACGACGCUAAAGUGAGAAAAAGACGAGGAAAAGAAGAUUUCAUUCCUGGUCUUACACUGCAAGUCUUCAAGAAAAUUGAUGGUUAUAUGGUAAAGGAUCUGCUCAACACUUCUAAAUAUCCUAAUUCUCCAGAUGAUACCAAACAGCUAAGCGACUUCACUGAACGUGAAGGCCUCCCCGAUGAAAGCUAUGGGUCAAAGAUUUUUGGUUACUUUAAACCACCUCAGGAUGGCGCAUACACAUUCUAUCUUUCGAGUAAUGCCGAGGGGCAAUUCUUUAUCAGUACUGACGAAUCUCCAUCUAACCUGCGAAAAGUGUGCGAAACCAUCGGAAGACAAAUCGUAAAGGAAGACCAAUAUGAUAAGUAUCCAAAUCAGAAGUCCAGUCCUGUAACAUUGAAGAAAGAAAAAAUGUAUUACAUAAUGGGUUUGCACAAACAAUUAUAUGGACACCAUCAUUUUAAAGUUGGAGUUUCGUUGCCAAGUGGACAGAAGCUACUCCCAAUUUCAUCGUCAUAUGUCUGGACUAAAGCAAAUGCUGAUGCCUCCGCAAAUGCUGCUGCUGCAGCGGCUGCUGGAGCAGGGGCUGGGGCAGGGGCUGGAGCCGGUGCUGAUGCAAAGCCCACGAAAAACCCCAUAGAGGCCGCUGAAAAAGCAGCUGGAGCAGCGGGGAAGGAGGCUGGAACUGAUGCAGGCCAAAAGGCCGGACAGGAUGCGGGUAAAAAGGCUGGGCAGCAAGCCGGCGAAGAAGCUGGGAAGGAGGCUGGACUGAAAGCUGCCGCAGAUGCUCUUGGGAUACCAUUGGACGAGUUAAAAGCAAGGAAAAAUAGAACUGAGGAAAUGAAGAAAUAUAUGUUGAAAAUCAAGCUUUACGCAGCAAAUUUCCCCUGCGCUGAGCCCUACGGUCACGUCUGCAAAUACGCGUUGUCCAUACAUGAAGACGACUAUUCUCUGCAUCUGGAACCAAGAGAACACGCCACAGUAUUUAUCGUAAGGAAGCCAGGGCUAGAUGGAAGUGUCAAUAGCCUUUCUUUGGAGCUGGACGCGCAUAGGGGAUAUUAUGUUAGGCGUGAUGGAGUCAAGUUUGUGGCCCAGAAGGGAGCAGUAGCCCAGUAUUCAUCGUUUUCAUUCGAAAGCAAAUCAUCGACAUAUCCGGAUGCUUAUGCGAUUAAACUCGGGGGCUCAGAUUAUCUUUGCCAUGCUGGUGGUACAGCUGACCUUACAGUAUCAUCUUACUCGAAAGACUGCACGUUUUUGGCUGUCCACACUGAGCUUGAUCACAACCACGAGCAACAGUCAUGUGUAGAUUAUUGCAAAAAGGAGGAAAAGAAAGAGGAAGCAAAGGCAGCGGCAGAAUCCUCAUCUGAAGUCAAAGCUAAAGCUGAUGGAGAUGCUGACGCUGGUGGCGAUGCUGGGGGCGAUGCUGGCGGAGAUGCUGGCGGAGGUGCUGGCGGAGGUGCCGGUGCCGGAGGUGCUGCUGGUGGAGCUGCUGGUGGAGCUGCUGGUGUAGCGGCUGGCGGUGCAGCUGGCGGUGCGGCUGGUGGAGCUGCUGGUGGAGCUGCUGGUGGUGCGGCUGGUGGUGCAGCUGGUGGUGCGGGCGGUGGAACUGGCUCUGGUGUAGGCAGUGAAGACGAGGAUCCAGAUGAUAACUCACCUUUAGCAAAACAAAUUCAAGAGCUUCUCGGCCAAGCGGGCUUGAACGCUGCUGCGGCAGGGGCCACUGGAGCGAGCAGCCUCGGUGGUGCUGGUGCUGCAGGUGCUGGAGCAACGGCCGGUCUUCAAGCUGCUGCAGGAGCCGCUGGCCUGAUGGGGUUAGGGCUCUAUGGGCAAAAAAUUACAAACGGCUUGACUCUACCACAGCUUGUUGGAUUAAACACAGGUCUAGCAGCUCAGAUUAAUCCACAAUUAGCACUUAACACAAUCAGCAAAGUUGGCGCAAAGAUAAACAUCCAACAAGAUGUGAACGUUAAUAAGCAGGCGGCACAAACAACUGGCGCAGGAGCAUCCAGUGGCGCUGCGUCUGGAGCUAGCGGCACUUCAACAGCAGGCGCUGGGUCUGCUGCAGGGGCUUCUAGCUCAUCUACGUCAACUGCAACUGCUGGUGCAGCCGCUAGUGCCACUGCAACCGCAACCGCAACAUCAAUAACAAAGUACGUUGCAGUUAAAUUCAUCAACAAUGCACGUUGCUGUGUCAAAAUUAUUUCUGUUCUUGGGCACGAAAAAGAGUACCCAUUAAAUGCAAAAUCAUUGAAACUAAAGAUCGUGUUCAGACACAAGGACGAGAAGAAACAACCGCAAAUGGUCACUUUCCAAGGAGUUGAUGUCAGUGGGGCUGGGAGAAUUGUCAAGUUUGAUGGUCAGAAGUCAAUAUCAUUUAGACCUGUCGCAGAUGGAGAUACAUACAUAAGUGUUCUUGUGACGUCAGAAGAUGCUCCUGAACCAAAGAUUAUCCAGACAGAGAAAGUUAAAGUCACACAAAACGGUAAGGCAGUUUCUUAUGACGUGGACACUAAAGUUGUCGAUAAUGACGCUUCUGGAGAGACUGAAAAAAACAAACCUAACAUAGUUACUGACCGGCUAACCAAACAGCCGCCUCUUUUGGACCAACAAGGUGACAGAGUGACUCAACUUUUUCCUAACAAAAAUGAACCAGUGAUAACCAAUUCCGCCAACCCAGCCAAUCCUGCUAAUCCGGCCAAUCCAGCCAAUCCAGCCAAUCCUGCUAAUCCGGCUAAUCCAGCUAAUCCAGCCAAUCCGGCUAAUCCAGCUAAUCCAGCCAAUCCUGCUAAUCCAGCCAAUCCGGCUAAUCCAGCAAAUCCGGCUAACCCAGCCAAUCCGGCUAACCCAGCCAAUCCGGCUAAUCCAGCCAAUCCCGCUAAUCUACUAGUUCAAGCUAAUGAUGCCAUCCUUGCUAAUCCUAACAAUGCAGGGCCAGUGCUUUUAACGGGUGCUACAUCGAGUGCUCUGAAGACUGGACUACAGGGUACAUUUUACGUUGAUAAUAAUGGAAAACUAAGGAUACAUCCUUCUGCAGUUCACGGGGAUGACGUAAUGGGUACUCAUAACGUUCAUGGCCAGAAGGUUCUUGAUGUGAAUGGUGUACAUAAUGUUGAUGCAAACGGGGCUAUUGGCCAUGUUGUUAGCAAUGGUAACGCCAUAGACGGCAAUGACUUCAUCCUAUCUGACGAUUACAGCAAACUUAACGCUAACCUGGGAGUAACUGCUCACCGUAUUGUCAAUGAAGUUGGCAACCCAAUCUUAGCGGCCGAUUUUCCUGGAGAUGGGUUGAAGAUUAUUGAUAGGGUCGGAAGUCAUGUGUUGCAUAACACUAAUCAUUUACCGACUGUUAAUAAAAUAGCUGCAGACUCAACGACAGAAACUGUAACAGCAACUGACGGGACGUUGUCGCAACUGAAAGCUCCUGAGACCGUACCUCAAGUGAUAAUCCCAUCCGCCUUGCAGAUGGCACCAUCUAAAACACUUAUGAUCAUUGCAGAUCCUACGCAUCAAAUUGCUCAUGUUGGCAGUCGGGUUGACCACUCCUUGAGUCAUGGAGCCACUCUUGCUACCCCCAUAAACUUAGUUUCUAAGCCCCUGGUCGAUCACCGUAAACAACCGAUCCAUCAUUCUGUGUCUACAACACAGCCACAUAACAUAAACAUACUAGUAUGUCCAGGUACUUGUAUUGGGCGAUGCGCAGGGAACUGCCCACAACAAUGCUGUCAGGCGCAGGAGCAUGCUAAGAACAAUAACCACAAUGUAGUUGUUUGCCAAAGGCCUUGCAUUGGCAACUGUACGAGCACGUGUCCGGCUCCUUGCUGUCAAGUGACGCAAGCACAGGUUAAUUCUGCGCAAAACAGCCCGUCUCAUUCUGUUAGCUUUUAUGGACAUGCGCAGAACGCACCAACAACUCAAAUGGGUGUUCCUUCCCAGCAAGCUGCCGGAGUUUUGUGUCAGGGGCAAGAACCUUGUCACCAAGCAACAUAUGCGCAAAAUCAGGGAACUAUCGUUUCACAAGGCAGUUUUGUGAUUCAUCCAAAUGGACAGGUAACGGGUGCCAAGAAACAUUUGCCUAAGCAAAAAGGAGCUCAGAUAAGGAUCCAGAUUGUCUCUCCAAAUGUAGCACUAAAAAGGAAGUCCGAAAAUCAUCUAGCGGCAGUAAAAAAACAUACAUUGUCAAGCGUUAAAAUAGGGGAAAAGAGACAUAAUACAGGUAUCAAGAAACAGCCAGUUUUUAAUUCAAGGUAUCAGCAAUUUGCUUCAAAGUUGUCAAAAAUGAGGACAGUUAUUGCUCGACCGAUUAAACGAAGUGACUUGACAAGAACAAGCAAGGGAAAAUACAAGAGUAAGGCAAAAAGAAAAUCUAAAAAGCUAAAGAAAAAUUUCCGGUCGAGCAAUAAAAGAAAACGUAAAGUGCAAUCUGGUAAGAUCAAGCAUCGAUAUCGUCGCUCUUGUGAAUGCCAAACAGUUUGCAAAAAGAGUGGCAUUACUACCCCAGGUGAUGACGGCUGUGUGACGAAUUGUGUAGGUUGUCCGAAUGGCUACGAAAAGUAUCGGAAAAAUAGCUUAGCACAGAAUACUGACCGUCAAGCUGUAUCAGAAGAUAGUUUGAUUGACACAGUUACUGACAAUGCUGACGAAGAAGAAGAGCUCGUUGAUUACGUCAAUGAAGAUGAUGAUCAUGUGACAAAAGAUGUGACAGGCACAAAGAAGAGUCUGCCGUCAAAGUCAAAGGAAACAAACAGAAGGACCUUUUCCGAAUAUAAAAAAGAUGAUGUCAAAAAAGCUACUCUGGGUCAAAUGAAAAAGGCUAGAGGCCAAAGAGUGGAAGAUAAGAAAGAGAGGUCAAAUGUCAAAAUAGAAAAACCAAAGGAACAAAGUGGUAGAGCAUCUUUAGAGAAAGGAAAGAAAAAAGAGGAAAGUGAUGCAAAGAAAGAAGAUAUUGAUAGUUCUGAAUUUGGCGACUCACUUAGCCAAAAAAUGGUAGAUGAAGAAGAAGAGAUAGAAGAUGCCCCUGAGAAUGAAAAACAAGGUGAAGAACUUGUUAAGGAUGAAGAACAUGAAGUUGAGCUUAUGAACGACAAGAAGAAUAGUGAAGCACAUGAGAAUUCAGAUGGUAACAAGUAUAAGAAAAACUUAAAUUCCGUGAAAGGUUCCGACACAUCAGGUCAUAAAAAGUCUUUGAAAGGUUCUAAUGAGAAUGAAGAAAAAUUUAAAGAAUUUGAGGAAGCUGAAAUCCUGGAUGACAGUGACGAUGAAACGAUAAAAGAAGGCGAGAAAACAUUGGAAAAAACAGUUGAAACAAAGGAGUUCAAAUCUUCAGAUGAUAAUGCUGUCCAUUAUAAUUUCACCAAUGCAGAUAGUGUUGAAGAAAAAGUUGAGAUCGUUGAUGGAGAUGAGAAUGACAGCGACCAAAAGGAAAGCGAAUUUUCAAAAUUUAAUUCAAAUAAAAGUAAAACAGAAAGUAAAGAUGUAGAAUCUGAAGGUGGCGAAAAAUCAAAAUUGGUAGAAGAUGAUAUUAUUGAAGAUUCAGAACACUUUUCCGAAGAUGAAUCUAGUCAAGAUGAUGAUCUUAUCUUCAAAUCAGGCCAGUCAGUUACUCGUGUAGCAAAUAAGAAGAAAGGUCGAGAAGAUAAGAAUAAUCACGAGGAAGAAAGUAAGUCUUCUCGAAAAGAAGAAGCUAAGAUUGACAGCUUGAAGGACAAAACUGAAGAAAGUACAUAUCAUACGGAAAAUAAGGCAAAUGCUGUCAAAGAUUCGAACAACGUGAAUAAGGAGCUUGAAGACACAAAGAAAAAUUCGAAAGAUAAUGAAAAGGAUUCAAAAGUCGAUGAUAAAGAUUACAAAGAAGAUGAUAAAUAUGACAGUAAAGACAAAGAGUCUAAUCAAGACAGCAAGAAAGAUUCUGAAAAUUCCAGUCAAUUGAAGGUGGAAAAGAAAACCGAUGAAGGAAGCAGCAGUGACAAAGGAACAAGUAAUGAUAAAGGAGCAAGCAGUGGUGAAGGAGCAAGCAGUGGUGAAGGAGCAAGCAAUGACAAGGAGGAGGGUUCAAAAGAAAAACCCGAGCUCAUUUCGAUCAACGUUGAGCAACCGUUAUCCAUUGCUGCAAAUGAAAAUAAACACAGAACUGAUGAGAACGCCAAGCAAAAGGGGGCAAAAAGCAGCAAAAGUAAAUGGCAUAGUGCAACUUCAAAAAUUCUACCGGUAAAGAAUUUAGAGAAUAACACGCAAGCAGUCAAAAAUGUUGUUUCACAGAAAGCACUGUCUAGCAACAGUGAAUUACCACAGGAAAAGUCUAAGCAUACAAAAGCUAAAGAAUCAGAGAAAGCCAAUCUGAAAACAGACAGCAAACAGAUUCCUAAACAGGAAUCUGGUGUUUCAAGUAAGGAAGAAAAGCCAGGUAGUUCAUCAGACAGUAUUCAGAAAUCAUUGCAGAGUGUUUAUGCUGAUAUUGGUACAUUUGAUAGUACUGGUGAUUAUGAGAAAAAGUUUUUAUCUAAAAAGGAUCCAGAAGAAAAGAUAGAGAAAAGUGGAGCUUUGGAAAAUGAUAAAUCCAAGUCUAUUGAAAAAAUAAUUACCAACGAAACAGCUUCAAUUCGCGGGGACGAUUCAAGCGCUGCAUUAGCUAAAUCUUUGAAAAAUAGUGAACAAAUCACCCGACCUACUUCAAUCUUGCAGAAUUUUAAAACAGGCGGUGUUACGUCAGAUACAGGGUUUUUUAUGGAUGGGACAUCAAAUCACGAGUCAGCAAAUCUUGGUAAAAGUGCCGAGAAACGACCUGAGGAUAAAAAGAUUGAAACAACGGAAAAGGAAAUGAUGGCAGAAAAUGAAGUCGUGACGGAUUCAAAUAAGAUGGCAAAUAUCACAGGAAAACAAGAUGUGAAUAUUGAUAAGUCACCUGAUCAGAGUAGCAGUGGAGAUGAUACAACAUACGUCAAGCCAACUGAACCUACAUUGCUAACAAAUGUACAGAAUUUGAAUGCUACUUCUGCAAAUGAUAAAACGCUCAAUGAUUUCAAAGGCUUUCAGCCGACGCCGCCAAUAACUUUGAAAGAUUUCAAAACUGACGACAAGAGACCGGAUGAAGUAACUAUUCACGAAAAUGUAGGAGAUUCUGAGGAUAGUGCAGUGAUAACAGCAACAGCACCAGAAAAGAAUGAUUUUGGAAAUGAGACAUCUCGUGAUGAUGGCUCAAAUGAUAAGAUGGAAGUGAACCAUGGUUUAACUUAUAAUGAUGUACCACCCCGAGGUAGCAACGACAGCAACAUGGAGUUUGUAGGUGAAAGUAAGCAAAUAACGCCUUUCAACGGGGAAACAAGGGAUGAUAACGUAGCAGAUGGUGAGUCAAUGACUGCAGUUGAUGACCUUAAUGUAACGUCCAGCAGUCAAAAUAAUAUCAGUGAAGAUGAGAAGAAACUUAAUUCUGGAGAAAAUGCCGAGAAGAGUACGAGCAAGGAAGAUGAAAGUACUGGGGAACAGAGAAUUGGGAUAGAGAGCAUAGUGAAGACUGAUACGAAUACUUCUGACUCCAAGAUUAAAGAUGAUGACAAAAAGGAAGAAACGGAAAAAGAGGAAGAAAAGAAAACAGAGGAAGAAACGAAAAAGAAGGAAGAAAAGAAGAAAGAGGAAGAAACGAAGAAGGAAGAAGAAAAGAAGAAAGAGGAAGAAAGGAAGAAAGAGGAAGAAAAGAAGAAGGAAGAAGAAAAGAAGAAAGAGGAGGAAAAGAAGAAGGAAGAAGAAAAGAGGAAGGAAAAAGGAAAGAAGAAAGAUAAAGAAAAAAAUAGAAAGGAAGGAGAGAAGAUAGAAACAAACAAAACAAAAAGUCAAAGCAAUAAGGAAUCUUACAAAGAAAGCAAGAAUUCAGCAGAAAAAGAAAAGGCUAAUAAAGUUGAUAAAUCUGAGAAAUUGGAGUCAGCUUAUAGAGAAAUUGGCUCAGGUGAUACUUUAGAUGGAGAUGAAAGUACAACAAACUUCAGUCCUGUAAAUGUUUUUACAGAUGUUGAUAGCAAUGGUGACUUAGUGGAGGUAGAAAAGGAUGAUCCGACUGGUUCCAUAGUCACAAUGACGGUUGAUCAAGAAGCUAUGGGUGAGGAUGCAGGUGGCGAUAAUCGGGAAGGUCUAGAGAAUGGAGAUGCUAGGCAUGAACUUGGGUCGGAUAGUGAAGAAGAUGAAGUAAAAGAAGUGGCUAAUCGCCUGUGGGGUAGACCUGUUCACUCUGCACUAUCUGAAACCGAGGAUGGUUUAGAUGCCGACAAAGAGGCCGUGGAAUCGUACACUAGUGAACAGAACAAUGAUGAGAUGAGUCUCGAUUCGCUUGCAAAAAUACUGGAUGAUCUAGAUAAGAGUGUCGAUUCGAUCAAGCCAAGGAAUAUGACAGUGGAUAAGUUUGUCAAGGAUGAAAAUGAUGGAAAGAAAGGGAAGGAUUCAUCGAUUAAUGAUAAAAGAGGUUCAAGUAGAUCGAAGGAUGAUAAAAAGGCUGGAAAUCGAGAGGGCAAAAAAGGGAAAAAAACGGAGUCUGAUGAAGUUGACCAGAGUAAAUCAAAGCAAAGUAAGGCUGCUGGAGUAAACAGACAAAAGCAGACAAAGGCUCUUAAAAUGAAUCUCAAGAAGCCAAAACAAGUGAAAGGUGUUAACGUAAAUCAGAGCCAAUCUGCUAGGCCGAAACACAACACCAAUAAAAAUAAAAGUAAGACAAUCAAACUUAUAGCGAAAGCUGGAAAGGUUAUUGAUUCUGAUAAAAAGCAAAAAUUGAGUGACAAAGAAGAAAAUGGGAAACUGAAAGAUGUGAAACCAGAUAAGGGAUUAAACGAAGUGAAACAUGUACAUAGCAAGAAUGAUGGUAUCACAAAAGAAACACAGAGUAUGAAAGAUGAUUCUAAUUCAAACAAAGCGAAGAGCAAUGACAAUGAUGAUGACUUUGUCACGGCUGUAGAUGACGGUCAAGCUGCCGAUCAAGCAGUUGAAGUAGUCGAGCCUAACGAUGUUAUUAUGUUCACAAAAGAUGCAGACUCUAGUAAGAAUGAUUGGUUUGAAAAGGUUAUUAAGAAACCAGCGGGCAGUCAUCUUAAAGGAAAGCACACACCACCUAGAAAGGAAAGACUGGGCUACGAUUUGGAAACGGAAGAUGGCCAAGCAAUGUUUGAAGGAAAUUUUGAUACUGAUGAUCUGAAUGUUGAUGCACAGGGGAAGGAUACUGAUGCACCGGAGGAAGUAAAAAAAGCAAAAGAAAGCUUUAUAACACAGGUUUCAAGUCUCGAUGAACCGCUGUAUGACGAACAAAUGAAGUCUAUAAAUAAGGCGUUGGUGAGUGAUGACGAUGUUCAGUUCGAGCCUGGAAGCAAGCACUUAGAAUCGAAUCUGUUCGAUCUUCCUGACGAGAGAGAUGACGUUGCAAAUCAAGUAAAACAGAGCACUUCACAGACCAUGAAUAAAAUUGCCCAGACGCUAAAAAUGGAAAAUAUGGUGGAGAAUAAGAAUUCCUUCCCAGAUGAUGUAGUGAAUUCCAAUUUUCUUAGACAGAAGCUUCCAGAAGAAGAAAUAAAGGCUGAAGUUAAGAGUGCUAACGGGGUUGAGGAUGAGCAAAGUUUGUCCUAUUAUCCAGAAAAGCAGUCAUACGAGGAAAGCAAUGGUGAUGUCAAGCAUGCAAUCCCAUCAGCUGCACGUAAACAAACGACAAAACACUCGGGUGAUUCCAAACACGUUGGCGUAGAGGAAAGUGAUUUUGAUGGUGGCGAUGAGUUCUUGAACCCGAUUCCAAAGUAUCUGAAAAGUGAAGCAGCUAAGGCGAGGCAAGCUGUCCUUGCAAAUGGCAUGAAGAAGGUAAAUCAAAAGAGCGGCCUAAGUGUUGUAUCGCCAAACAAAGUCAAGGAUAAUAAAAGAUUGAAUCUUCUAAAGAAACCCUUCACAGGUGUUACAAAGAAAGUUAACAAUGUAAAACCCAAACCUGUAAAUAAGCCUAAUGGAAAACCUAUUGCUCCAAAUCUGCUGCACCAGCAACCGAAAGGUAAUCCUUCCGGGAAAUCAUCUGAAAAAUCUUCUAAAAAUGUCUCUACCAAUCGCAAUCUUAAGACGAAUGGUUCAAAACUUGCUAAACUAAUAAAGCAAGCCCUUAAGGAAAGCAAUCCUAAAGGCAGAGCAAAGGCUCAGAAGAUAAAGAGAUUGAAUGAUUCUUUAAACGUGAUUGAUGAGAUGGAAAUGCAGAUCGAUAAGGAACUUGCAAAACCAGAUUCUGCAGUUGUAAACGAAGAGCCAUCUACAGAGUUGGCAAAAAUCACCGAUUCGGAAGACCCCUUGAAUAACAACGAGCCAUCAACAUUAGCUGUGUCCCCCACUGAAUCAAUAACACUUAAAAGUCUGCUCCCAGAAUAUGGUGCUGACACACCCGGAGUAUCCGCAACUGCUAUAAAUAAUCAAAACUGGAAGCCCAGGCCGGCAUUUCCAAGUCCGUAUCUGACAGAAAGGAAACUGAAGUCAGAUGUACUUAAUGACAUGUACUCGAAAGAUCAUUUCCACAGACUGAAACAGGCGAAAGCAUUGCUACAGAUGCAGAAAUACGAGGCAGACAAUGCUGUUAACAGAGUCAAGGAUAUUCAGUCAAAAUCAAUGAAUGAUAUAUUGAAAUUGUCGAUGGGCAGGCAGCAAGCUUUUAUAAAAAAGAUAGCUGAUAAGUACGAGAAAGACUACUACUCCCCAUCACAAUCCGCGGGCGAUGAAGAAACCGAUCAUGCGCCUGCGUCAGUUGUGCAGAACGACAGUGAUAAGGAGGCAGAGAAUGAUAUCCCAUUAAGUAAGCUGACAGACUUAUUGAACGAUGAACAAGUCGAUGGGCCUAAAGCUUCGAACAUGAUUGAAGCCGAAAACAGUCCUGAAGAAGACGAUUCGCGCCCAGUUAUUGUACAGAAAGAUGACAUCACAGAAUUAGGUGCAGAUUUGCCUGAUGAUGCGUCGGAUGAUGAAGAUCAAGAAGAAGGUCUGCGAAUGGAUUCCGAUGACAAUGACAAUGAACUUGAAUCGCAAGACAACGAGCGAAUACGAGACAUGACGGAAAACAACGAGGCUGAUGUGGGUAAGGAAGACGAGGACAUGGACGAAGAUGAAGAACCUUCCGAUGACGAGACAAGCGAUGACGAAGAUUCUGAAAAAGACUCGGACAGCGACGACUAACGGGUGAAACUAGGCUUUCAACAGAGGAACCUUUUCUUCUCUAAUGUUAGCAUUACACCUCAUUCACAUCUUUAAAGAUGAAUAUAGCUAAAAUUAGAAAAUUCCUGCCAAGUGGGGCUCAUAUUUCAAGUUUGAGGUUUUGAUGCUACCAUUAGAUAGCAUUACCCUCCUUUUGCAUAUCGAUUGAAAAUGCUCUUGUUUCGAUUCGGUAUUAUCAAAUUUAUGCACUAUUCUAAUUUUUGCUAAGCAAGAAGUAUAAUUUUCUGAUUUAAUCAGUUUAACAUUUAAACAUUGCAUGUUUCUUAUGUUUAAAACAGGUUUGUAGUUAUACACCGAGUAUCAUGUGCUUUAAUGCUUUAGUAUAACGCGUAAUUUGCCUUUGAAAAAAACCCUUAUAUUUAGGUAAAAUUAGAAGAUUUAGAGCUAGUUGUUUGUCUAUGAAGUAAGUAACGUCUUAAAGAGGAUUUUUGAAGUGAAAAGUUUAGCAUGUGGCUUGUGAUAUGACCAUUUUCACUCCACUACCAUUUUAGACCGUGAUAUCUUCUCGAGGUGAUAUCUUAUGAGUAUCUUUGGAGUUAAUCACAUUCCUAGAACGAAUAAAAAAGUCGUUCUAAAUGCAAAUUUGGGAAAGAUAGGUAUUUUUUGAUCAAAACAAUUUAGCUUCGAUACAUUUGCCAGUCUAUAUGCUGAUUCAGCUCGGUAGAUGCAAUAUUUAUUCCUUUUUUAUAUCUAACCAUCGAAAACCACCAAUCGAUUUCUUGUUAUAGACCAAUGUGACUUCCUGCCAGAGCAUCAAAGAUUUCAUAGCAUUGUGCCCGCAUGCCUUUUACUUCUUCAAUGCCAAAGCAUCUAGGUUUAGUUGGCAAAAGCAAUGACUACUUUCGAUUAUCGAUCCUCUCUUGUUUUCAAAUAUAAGCUAGUCGGUUUAAUCUAGUCUGGGAAAUGUGUGCCCUCCAGAUGAACAUUAAUGGUCUGACUUGAUAAGCAAUUUUUCUUGCAUGAAAAUUUGGGCCUAGUUUUGUAGGUAAAAACAUGUUUAUGCGUUUCGUACUAACUUCAUUUGAAAUGUGAUCAUAAAUUGUAUGGAUAUCGCAAUGCAUCAUGGGGAGUAAAAGCUCCUUCGCGUCAUUGGUAGGCAUUGAAACGCAAGGCUUAACAAUUGACAAGAUUAUUAACUAAACCCACAAUUUAAUAGUAAUAUUAAUCAUUCAAAAUAAUAUGUACCUUUAGUAGUGAUGAAUGUCGAUAGCUUUAGAAGAGAUUGUAUCAAAUAUUAGGCUUAGCACUAGCAUCGUUGUCUCAUUUUUUUAUCCUUUUCACCAAGUUGAUACUUAAAAGCAUUAAAAACCACCAGAGUUGAUACUUAAACCGCAUUCGAUUCAUACCGUGAUUACACGAGGUGAUUACACUGUCUUGUCUGAAAUGUGUUCGAAAUCCUCGUGUAAACGUUUAAGCUGUUGAUUGUGUAGUUCUUUAUUUUUCAAUCUCCAAGCGUCUGCCACAUCAACUUUUGAGAGGCUAUCAAUUCAGAAAUGAUACCCUUAAAAUUAGCUAUUAGUUAAAUAUGUUUUUGUCUGUAGAAUGAGAUAGAAUUUUGAAUGUUACGGUCGGACAUUAUUUAUAACGUAUUCAAGGUUGCUGGAAAUGGGAAAAUAAAUCCCAUUACUUUCCCGACAGAGUGUAUCAGUAGAUUCGGUACUCUACUUGGAACAUAUCCCCCCUUCCUCCACUCAUGAUAAAAAGCUCUUUCCAAACUUACUAAAGCAAACGUUGUUAAUCCAUCAGCUGCUAAACCCUAAAAGCCUGCCUGUAGACUCCAACGUGAAAUCUACUUUUCUUAUAGUUGUGUCGCACGCAGGCUACGCAUGAAAGGCUUAUCGAGUUGAGUAACACGAUGAUUGUUACGAUCAAUGGUAGAAUGGGAGGGGAUGGGUGGCUGGGGCUAUAAGCUAUGCUGAAAUAAUCAUUGUUCCUUUUUGCUAAUACUCUGGCGAUUUCAGUGACAACCAACGUCUUUCGCCAACCAAUGUGAAGAAGACUGGGAGCUUCACACACAAAAGCACUCUUUAGAAGCCCUUUAUGAUUAUGAUAAGGUCUUUGAUGUUUGUUGUUUUAUGGAACUAUUGGUAUUCACAUAAGUAUCAAUGUGAACGUUCCCAAACAUUUUUGUAUCAAUCCUUGCAGCUUGUGACCAAGUUCGGUCAGGUUGUUUAUGAUGCCAUAGCCCCAGUGAGCUUAAACAUUUUUAGUAUCCCAAGGACAGUUUCAGUUCUUAAAGGCUGACAGUAGAACAAAAAACCGAACGUUAGGGUUCCAAAGAAAACUACAAGGGCUCCGCUUGUUGUUUAUGAUGCCAUAGCCCCAGUGAGCUUAUUUCUUGCCAGGAAUGCAGGAAUGCUUGAAAUGCUUUAAGGAAAUGAGAGCCACCUUUUGAAGCAUACUAGCCCUCCUAUUCAAAAGGUUAGAAAUGAAAUAUAUUGUCUAUAAGCGUGAGUUGAGGAGGAUUAUUAGACCCCCUGUUCAAAGGCCAGCUCCUUUCGUUGUUAAAGUUUUUUGGUGGAACUUCUGCUUAAAGCCUAUUUCUGAAUAUUUGGCGGAUACUAUGCAAGAAAUAUAUUGA